GCUAAUCGGCGAUUAAUUUUCGUGUUUCGGUGCGGUGCGGUGCGGUGCGGUGUGGUGUGGCGGCGGCGGCGGCGGCGUGGUCGGUGGAAGAAAUUCAAGAUCCGAUCGAAGGUCUCCGUGGCUUGUGAAGGAGCACGAACCGGCGGGCCAGGUGCUGUUGGCCCCGGACCCACGAAGGGGAAAGAAAGAACCAGUUUUUUUAGGGUCUCCUUUCUUUCAAUUCGUCGCGACGAAGGGCACGCUGGCGAAAAAGCUAACAAGCCAAGCAGGCAGACCAGGCCUACGGUGAGCGCAGACGAUCGAGCGAUGUGCGCGGGGCCCGCAAAAUCGCAGUGGAAGGUUAAGGGUCAAGAACCCCGGCAGCCUUUUUGCCACUCGAUUAGCGACUCGUCGAUAAUGUAUAGAAUCUUCUUAACGUUAUCGUAUGCUGAAUUUAAAAUGGCAAUGGAGGUGAUCUUUUUGCGCUGGAUGCAUGCAACAGUGUCCGUGCAACGAGUUGAAAGCGUCAGUACACGAUUAGCUAUAACAUAUGGUGGAACCGACAUUAUUAUUAAUUUACUUCCGACCUAA